AUGGAUGUUCCCACGAGAUGGAAUUCCAAUUAUUUAAUGCUUGAAAGUGCGUUAAUAUACCGUCGUGUGUUUGUUUAUUUGGCACUGAUAGAUCCCAAUUAUAAAAGUUGUCCUUCAGAUGAAGAAUGGGAUAGAGGGGUGAGGAUUUGCAAGUUCUUGCAACCAUUUUAUGAGAUCACUACUCUUUUUUCGGGUUCCCAAUACCUCACAGCAAACUUGUACCUCAGAAAUGUGUGGAGAGUUCAAGUGCGUUUAUAUGAAGAGAUGGAAAAUGAGGAUGAAGUUCAUACAAUUCUGGACCCACAUUUCAAGUUUGAGUUUGUUGAGUUUUAUUACAAAAAAGUUGAUGGCCCAGUAGUUGCAACAAGAAAGUUGGAGUUGAUCAAGCAGGAGUUGUAUAGGAUUUUUGCUGCUUAUGAGGGUCUAAGUGGUAAUGAGGUUCCUAGUGAUCCUUGCGUACAGGCUAGUAAUCCUAAUAUCAUUGGAGAUGAUAUUUGUGAAUUUGACUACUACAAGAGUGACUUUAGUGCUACUAAGAAGUCCGAAUUGGAUACUUAUUUGGGAGAGGCAAGGUUUGAUCGCAUCAAAUUUUGCAAUUUGGAUAUCCUGGACCAUUGGAAGAAAAAUAGUGAUCGAUACCCGAUACUUUCGAUGAUAGCCCGUGAUGUGAUGAGUAUACCAAUAACGACUGUUGCUUCGGAGUCUAGUUUCAGUGUUGGUAGCAAAGUGCUCAGUAAAUAUCGAAGUUCACUUUUACCGGAGAAUGCAGAGUCUUUGAUAUGCACCAGGACAUGGAUUUAUGGAUAUGAAGUUAAAGAAGAUGAAAUUGAUGAUGCUCAGCUGCUUGUGCCAUUAAGUCAAGUGUCGAGGAAGGAGAUUGCAUAA